AUGGCCUAUAGGGUCCUGGGCCGCGCGGGGCCAGCUCAGCCGCGGAGGGCGCGCAGGCUGCUCUUCGCCUUCACGCUCUCGCUCUCCUGCACUUACCUGUGCUACAGCCUCCUGUGCUGCUGCGACGACCUGGGCCAGAGCCGCCUCCUCGGCGCGCCUCGGUGCCUCCGCGGCCACGGCGCGGGCGGCCAGAAACUUCUUCCGAAGUCCCGCCCCUGCGAUCCCCCGGGGCCCACGCCCAGCGCGCCGGGCGCUCCCAGCGCGGCCACAGCCGCCGCCGCCGCGCCCGCCCCUCGCCUCCCGGCUGCCAACCACUCGGGCUCGGCCAAGAUGGGCACCAAGAGGCUGCCCCAAGCCCUCAUCGUGGGCGUGAAGAAGGGGGGCACGCGGGCCGUGCUGGAGUUCAUCCGCGUGCACCCGGACGUGCGAGCCUUGGGCACCGAGCCCCACUUCUUCGACAGGAACUACGGUCGCGGGCUGGACUGGUACAGGAGCCUGAUGCCCCGGACCCUUGAGAGCCAGAUCACACUGGAGAAGACACCCAGCUAUUUUGUCACUCAGGAGGCCCCUCGGCGCAUCUUCAACAUGUCCCGGGACACCAAGCUGAUCGUGGUCGUGCGGAACCCAGUGACCCGAGCCAUCUCGGAUUACACGCAGACGCUCUCCAAGAAGCCAGACAUCCCCACCUUUGAGGGCCUGUCCUUCCGCAACCGCACGCUGGGCCAGGUGGACGUGUCAUGGAACGCCAUCCGCAUUGGCAUGUACGCGCUGCACCUGGAGAGCUGGCUGCAGUACUUCCCGCUGGCUCAGAUCCACUUCGUCAGCGGUGAGCGGCUCAUCACCGACCCAGCGGGCGAGAUGGGCCGGGUCCAGGACUUUCUGGGCAUCAAGAGGUUCAUCACGGACAAGCAUUUCUACUUCAACAAGACCAAAGGAUUCCCUUGCUUGAGAAAAACAGAAUCGAGUCUCCUGCCUCGGUGCCUGGGCAAAUCGAAAGGCAGAACUCAUGUACAGAUUGAUCCGGAAGUGAUAGACCAGCUCCGGGAAUUUUAUAGACCUUAUAAUAUUAAAUUUUAUGAAACGGUUGGACAAGACUUCAGGUGGGAGUGAGCCACCAAGAUGCAAGGACUCUUCUGCUUGUCUCUUCCAUGAGGUUUGGCCCUAGAGCCUGUGAUCCUCUUCCCCCAGCAAACCAAACCCAGGCUCCAGCCCCCUUUCCCAUCUCGGGUUCCAUUGUCCUGAAAGGCCAUGAGACCAGGGGGUCCCUGCCACUACCUCUCCCCAGUCUGUCUAGGCAAAGUUGACCUGCUUCUGCCAUGUCUGGUCAAUUUCAAAUCAUUUCCCUUCAGCCCAUCAGAGGCCUUGGGAAAUUGCUUUAAGAAGAGCAGGUCUUCUGAUUAUGCUAGAUAUUAUAAGUGGUGAUGGUUCUGUUGCUGUGAACACAGCAGUCUGUCCCUGUCACUGUCCACCCCAGUGUGGACUUGCUAAUUCCUGGUGGCAUGUACCUCCCCUCUGAGCUUCACUCUCCCUAGCCACCCUGGGUGGUGGGACAGCAGACCGUCCU